AGCGGCACACACACGCGCUUCGAUCGCACGAGACUAGAGUGAGUUUAAUACUGCAGUAUGGACGAAGACAUCUUCAUAUCACUCAUAACCCCGGCAGGGCAACAUCAUAUCAACUUUCUAGGCACGAUAUGAGAUCAUAUGAGAGUAACUUCACACACAGCGCAACACCAACACAGCAACCGGAGAUAUCAAACCUUCACACAAGGCGCAAGUAUGAUCGUCCUCAUGCUUUACCUGUUCCUCUGGUCCUGGCUGCCAUCCGCUCACGGUUUGAUCUUUAAAUAUCACAACAGCUUGGAAAUGGAGCAGUAUCUGAAAGGCAUCAACAGCACUUAUCCCAGCAUCACACAUCUACACAGUAUUGGCCGGUCAGUUGAAGGAAGAGAACUCUGGGUCUUAAUACUAGGUCAUCACCCCAGAGAGCAUCGGAGAGGCAUUCCAGAAUUCAAAUAUGUGGGCAACAUGCACGGCAACGAGGUCGUAGGACGUGUGUUACUGCUGCAGCUGAUCGAGUAUCUGACCAGCCGUUACCUGACCGACCCUCUGGUGACGCGUUUGCUGAACAGCAGCCGAGUGCACAUCCUGCCCUCCAUGAACCCAGACGGCUUUGAAUCCUCCACACGGGACUGCAUGAACAUAGUGGGCCGGUAUAAUAAGAACGGAGUGGACCUGAACCGGAAUUUUCCAGAUGCGUUUGAGGUGAAUAAUAAUCAACAAAGACAGAAGGAAGUCGAAGCCAUCAUGAAUUGGCUGAACACGGAGACCUUCGUCCUUUCAGCCAAUCUGCACGGAGGGGCGGUGGUCGCCAGCUACCCGUACGACAACAGCAAAAGAGGAAGUGAGCUACAGGAAGGAAUGAGUGUCACUCCUGAUAAUGACGUGUUCAUUCACCUGGCAAAGACCUACUCCUUCAACCACACAGAUAUGUAUAAAGGAAAUACCUGUUUUGGCUCAAACUUCCCCAAUGGCUUUACUAAUGGAUACCAAUGGUAUUCUUUAGCAGGGGGAAUGCAAGACUAUAACUACGUGUGGGCCCAGUGCUUCGAAAUCACAUUGGAAAUCUCUUGCUGUAAAUAUCCUCAAGAGAGCGAACUUCCUGCUCUAUGGGAGGCUAACAAACCUGCUCUGCUAGCCUACAUGAAGCAAGUUCACCUAGGGGUGAAAGGUGUAGUUAUGGACUCAAAUGGAAACCUGGUCCAGAAUGCCAUUAUAGAAGUGGCAGGGAGAAGUAACCUCAAUCCGUUUAAGACUGACCGUAAUGGAGAAUACUACAAACUUCUGCUGCCCGGCACCUACACAUUCACAGUAAUAUACCCAGGGCACAAGGCGUCAACCGAGACCAUUUCAGUACUGUAUGGUCCAGACACCUUCUCAGCCGUCACGCAAAACUUUCUCCUUCAAAAGCUUGACUACAGCCCAUUGAUAACACAACUGCCAGUGUCCACCACUACAUCAGUUAAAAUAAAUCCAGGGAACAACAGCGCCUCCCUGCUGGCCAACACCGUCACUGCACUCACAGCACUUGUUAUCCAAAGACUGCUGCGGUCCUGAGAUGGUACAAAAAACUUGACGACAAGCUCUCUUUUGCUUUUCUUGCACAAUCAAACUUUUUAUUGACUGUUAUAUUUUAUACAAUAUCAUGAGACCAUCUAUCAUCAUGCAGGGAAAGAAUGCAUUCAGAACCUCAUAUUUGAUGCCAAGCUCUAUCUUAAAAUGAGAGUCCUUCUAACAUUUGUAAAAACAGCCUGAUGUGAUGACACGGGCUGCCGUCUGUCAUGUUUGCGAAUCAAUAUCUAACGUUACAAACUCUAAAUGUGGGUAAAAUGGCCCCUGGCAGUCAUGGCAAUAAUGAGUAACCCAUCAGUUGAUUAAUAUGUUCAUAAGGGUUUGGGGUCAUAAUGUAAUACAUAUACAGUUUAUAUAAUAAUACACAAAAUAUAUUCACACAGUCUUAUUUAAGACUGGUGAAUUUUAUGUACUCAAUCUGUUUACAUCAAAUCCCAGAACCUGAUAUGUAAUAUGACGCAAUGAAGGUGAAUGGUAUCUGAGAAAGCUUUCUGUAGAGAAUGACUGAAUAGUGACAUGAAGAUAAUAUAACUUGAAGGUAGUGCAUAUACACAUAUGUACGUUAUAUAAAUAUGUAUAUAUAUUUGUACUCAUAUGACACAUGUAUACGUUUUUGAAUCUCUCACUGUGUUUCGCUUUUAAAAUUAGAAAGUUGUGCCGAUAGUUUAAACAAAUGACCCUAAUCAUUUAAUUUGCUUCUAUUUGUUUUGUAUAUUAACAAUGUCUCUUUGCCAGAUGUAUAGAUGUAAUGAUGAAGAGCCAAAAAAAAACCUUGCUGCCCAUUCUACCUCAUUUACUCAAUCUCAGAUUAUAAAGGCAGCCAGUGCCUUAAAUAAACCUCUCAUGAAUAUUCA